UUACCCAGACUGAUAACCCGCGUAUGCCGUUGAAAUACGCGGGUCUCGUCCCCAUAUAUGCAAUUCCUCUACAAUGAAAAUCCUCUCUCGCAACGGCGGCAACAUCUCCAUAGUCGGUAUCUUCAGUUGUUUUGGCUAAGACUGGUUUUUAGUGUUGCUGAACAUAAGUACAAAGAAUGAGGGAAUUUCCAUCUUUGCUCUCUCUAUGCGCGAAAGUAAUCACAAUGGAAGUUAUAUGUGGAGAUCAACAUCUGCAAGAUAUAUUUGAACUUCCGCCUGACUUGGUUGAUUACUUACUGAUGCACUCACCCCCAUUGGCCUUGCAGAAGUUACAUGAAGUAUUGAAGUUUGAGCAGUGUGGUAGGCAUGGAUUUUUUAGUGAUAGUGUUAAAGAUGGGAGGAAACGUGGAAGGUAUGGCGACUUUAAUACAGCAUGGAAGAUAUUGUUCCACUCACGCUGGCCUGAGGGUGUCAGGCAGAUCCAACCAAUUGAUUGUAUGGCAGAUCAGGAUGGAAUAACAAGUCAUGAAUCGAUGAUAUGUGAUGACUGGCAGCAGAUGUACUGGGAAGCCCACUUACAAGAUUGCCUAGAUGAAGCAGCAGAGACAGCAUUGCUUCCUUCUUUUGGCGGAUGCAUUGGUGAAAUAAUGGUAUCAGAUACUAUUGUAAAUUUUAUUGGUUACAAAGGGGACAUGGGUCAUUCAACUCAUGACUACUCAAGUUUAUCUUAUCAUUGCCAACAAUUCGGGUGCUAUGUGAGGUACCUGAGGCUUAGUAGUGCGCUUUGUGUUGCCGAAACAUGUGAGCUAUUUAGGGAUAGCAAAUUGCAACGCUUGGUCUUACGAGGAAUCAAAUCUAAAAAUCAUGUUGAUGGAGCAUGCAAGCUUCUGAACCAGAAUAGUGAGACGUUAUUAUCCCUCGAGUUCAUUCAUUGCAGACUGCCUCCAACUGCUUUGAAUGAAAUUUGUGACUCAUUAUACACACAAGGUUUUCAUAGACAUGGGAUUCAAUACUUCUCAGUUAAAUCUUCAAGGAUUCUUGAAAGUAACUCAGAUUCUGUACCAACUAGGUUUUUGUCUUUCUUGUCAUCUGGAAGGUCCUUGUGUGCGCUAAAGCUCUGUGACAACCGCCUGGGGCCAAAUUCUGCAAAAAUGGUUUUUGAUGCUCUCCUCAAUUCGUCAUCUGGUCUAUCUACGCUUGAUCUAUCUGACAACUAUAUUGCAGGUUGGCUUUCUACAGUUGAUGGGAGAUUCUCAAGUUGCCCAACAUCAUCAUCAUCAGCAAUAGACAAAUCCUUGAGGUCAUUACAUGUUCUCAAUCUAAGGGGAAGCAAUUUACGUAAGAAUGAUGUGGAAGAUCUUAAAUCUGCACUAGCUUACGCUCCGAACUUGCAGAGUUUGGAUAUCAGUGACAAUCUUAUUGGGGACGAUGGAAUCAGGAGUCUAAUUCCAUACUUUAUCGACGCUUCUGAAAGAGCGUCUACCUUCGUGGAUAUAAAAGUAGAGAAUUGCAACCUUUCAUGCAUUGGAGCGACACAACUUUUAACAAGUCUCUCAACCUUGAAGUCUCCUUUGAACACACUCUCAAUUGCAGAUAAUGACCUUGGCAGUGAUAUAGCAGCACCAUUAGCAAAAUUCUUGGGAACUUCCCAUGUUAAGGUGCUUAAUAUUGAAGAUAUUGAGCUGGGCCCGUCUGGCUUCCUAGAACUGGAUAAAGGAAUGCCAGAGGCACUAGAACUCGUUCGCAUCAACCUAAGUAAAAAUCGGGGCGGGAUUGAAGCUGCAAAAUAUGUCUACAAACUCAUUUUGCGGGCCCCAGAACUUGCUGUGAUAAAUGCGGGUUAUAACUUUAUGCCUGCAGAAUCAUUGGCAGUUAUAUGUUCUGCACUGAAAUUGUCAAAAGGUAAAUUGGAGCGAUUGGACUUGACGGGAAACACAAGGUGCUGUCAACCAACUCAAGUUUCCAAGCUUGCAGAGUUCUGUUUUCGUGGAAAACCUAUUGUAAUUCUUCCAUCAUUGCUAGCCUCAGCUGCACCCUAUGAUGAUGAUCCAUAGCAGAUCGCCCACCAUACAUUACAAUCACUGUACUAUUGAGAUUUCAACUGAUGCCCCAGGUGGCUUUUUACUGAUUGUAUCCAGCUAUUUGUCACAGCCCCAUUGUAAGUGAACAGAUUCUAUGCUUGAUGCUUACCUGUUUUUUUAUUUU